UCGACUUUGAUCCAAGUAGCUGUGGCGGCAGCGGCAGCUAGAAGAAGCAGCUGGAGCCGCAAGUGAGGUGGUCGCACCAUUGCCCUGCCCGUGGGUCCACAGCCAGGUGCUCAGACCACAGGGCAGGGGGGAAAGGUUGGAUUUGCCAAGAACCAGAGUCGGGGUCAGCUGCCCAGGAGCUUUCAGUACUGCUACUUAAUGCUGGUCUCAGCUCCGACCUGAGUCUGGUGGGUCAAGUCCUGGACGUUCUGAGAUUCCCGAGGGGUUCCAGCUCAGUCUCAAUGGGGCUGCUUCUGCUGCUGCUACAGUCCUUUCUACUGCUAAUGCUUCUUUUGUGGCCGCCGGCGUCCACCAACCUGGACUGGCAGUGCCCACGAAUACCCUUCUCAGCCUCCCGAGACUUUAAUGUAAAGUAUGUGGUCCCCAGCUUCUCCGCGGGUGGCCAGGUACAGGCCAUGGCAACCUACGAGGACAGCGAAGAUGGGAGUGUGGUGUUUGUGGCUACACGCAAUCGCCUGCACGUGCUUGGGCCUGAUCUGCAGGAUAGAGAGCACCUGACCACGGGCCCUGUCGGGGAUCCCGGCUGCCAGACUUGUGCGAGCUGUGGUCCAGGCCCUCAUGGACCACCAAACGACACAGACACACUAGUGCUGGUGAUCGAGCCCGGUUUGCCGGCCCUGGUCAGCUGUGGCUCAACCCUGCAGGGCCGCUGCUUCCUGUAUGAGCUGGAGCCUCGGGAGAAAGGCCUGCACUUAGCAGCACCAGCCUGCCUCUUCUCAGCAAACACUAACCAUCCGAAGGCCUGCCCGGACUGUGUGGCUAGCCCCCUGGGCACUCGGGUGACUGUGGUGGAGCAGGGCCAUGCCUCCUACUUCUAUGUGGCAUCUUCACUAGACCCAGAGUUGGCCGCUAGCUUUAGCCCACACUCAGUGUCCAUCCGGCGCCUUAAGGCCGAUGCUUCUGGAUUCCAACCAGGUUUUCCUUCGCUGUCUGUGCUGCCCAAGUAUCUGGCCUCCUACCCUAUUGAAUAUGUGCACAGCUUCCGCUCGGGAGACUUCGUCUACUUUCUGACCGUGCAGCCUACCAGUGUCACAAGCCCUCCGAGUGCCCUGCAGACUCGUGUGGCCCGGCUCAAUGCUGUGGAGCCGGAGAUAGGCGACUACCGGGAGCUGGUCUUGGACUGUCAUUUUGCACCUAAACGCCGGCGUCGGGGAGUCCCACAGAGCACACAACCCUACCCAGUGCUCCAGGCAGCCCACUCUGCUCCAGUGGAUGCCAAACUCGCCGUGGAGCUGAGCGCCUCAGAGGGCCAGGAAGUGCUAUUUGGGGUCUUCGUGACUGUCAGAGAUGGUAGCUCUGGUAUGGGUCCCAACUCUGUGGUAUGUGCCUUCCCCAUUUACCAGCUGGACGCCCUGAUUGAAAAGGGUGUAGAAAGCUGUUGCGACAAUUCAACUUCUCCUCGCCCCUGGAGAGACCUCGACUUCUUCCAGACACCCAGUCUUUGUCCUAAUCCGCCAGGUGUAGAGGGCCCCGCGCCCAGCUUCCGCUGCCACUACUUCCCUUUGCUGUCCAGCAACGCCUUCCUACGUGUGGACCUAUUCAAUGGACUGUUAGGAUCCGUGAAGGUCACUGCGCUGCACGUGACACGCCUUGGCAACGUGACGGUGGCCCACAUGGGCACUGCAGACGGGCGUAUCCUACAGGUGGAGAUAGCCAGGUCAUUCAGCUACUUGCUGUAUGUGUCCAACUUCUCCCUGGGAAGCAGCGGGCAGCCUAUUCACCGGGACGUCAGUCGCCUUGGGAAUGACCUACUCUUUGCCUCUGGGGACCAGGUCUUCAAGGUGCCCAUCCAGGGCCCCGGCUGCCGACACUUUCUCACCUGUUGGCGCUGCCUGAGAGCACAGCGUUUCAUGGGAUGUGGCUGGUGCGGGGACCGGUGUGGCCGGCAGGAGGAGUGUCCUGGCUCCUGGCAACAGGACCACUGUCCACCUGAGAUCACUGAGUUUUAUCCUCACAGUGGACCUCUAAGGGGCAGUACAAGGCUCACCUUAUGUGGCUCCAACUUCUACCUGCGUCCUGAUGUGGUACCUGAGGGAACACACCAGAUCACCGUGGGCCAAAGUCCCUGCCGACUGCUGCCUAAGGACUCUUCAAGCCGCAGGCCAGAGUUCCACAAAGCGUUUGCAGAGGAACUUGAAUGUGAGCUGGAGCCUCUAGCCACCCAGGCAGCAGGGACUACAAAUGUGAGCCUUCUCAUCGCUAACACACCAGCAGGCAAGCACUUCCGGGUGGAAGGCAGCUCUGUUCGGCAAGGCUUCUCUUUCGUGGAACCACUGCUGACAUCAAUAAAACCUGACUUUGGCCCACGGGCUGGGGGUACUUAUCUCACCCUCGAAGGCCAGAGCCUGUCUGUAGGCACCAGCCGAGCUGUGCUGGUCAAUGGAACUCAGUGCCAGUUGGAACAGGUCAGCGAGGAACAGAUUUUAUGUGUCACACCUCCUGGAGCUGGCACAGCCAGGGUCCCUGUUCAUCUGCAGAUCGGAGGUGCGGAGGUGCCUGGCUCCUGGACCUUUCACUACAAGGAAGACCCCAUCAUGUUGGACAUCACCCCCAACUGUGGUUACAGUGGCUCCCAUGUCACGAUCCAUGGCCAGCAUCUGGCUUCAGUAUGGCACCUGGCGUUAUUAUUCCAUGAUGGACAAAGAGCAGUGCAGAACAGGUGUGCAGGGCCGUUUCUGGAACAGCAGCGUCAGUGCCGCCUGCCGGAAUAUGUGGUCCGAAACCCUCAGGGGUGGGCAACCGGGAAUCUGAGCGCCUGGGGGGACGGAGCAGCUGGCUUCACACUGCCUGGUUUCCGCUUCCUGCCCCCACCCAGUCUGCCCAGAGCUGGCCUAGCCCCACUGAAGCCUGAAGAGCAUUCAGUUAAGUUCGAGUAUAUUGGGCUUGGCGCUGUGGCAGAUUGCGUGAGUGUGAACGUGACCGUGGGUGGUGAGAUCUGCCAACACGAGCUUCGGGGGGAUGUGGUGGUCUGCCCCCUGUCCCCCUCCCUGCAACUUGGCAAGGAUGGUGUCCCACUGCAGGUCUGUGUCGGUGGUGGGUGUCACACCCUGGGCCAAGUGGUUCGGUCAGGCCCAGGCAGGGCCUCACAGAAUACACUCCUUAUUGCUCUGCUGGUCUUGAUCCUGCUUGUGGCUGCACUGGCCAUUGCCCUUGUCUUCAACUCCCAGAGACGGAAAAAGCAGCUAGUCCUUGUUCCCAACCUAGAUGACCUGUCAUCCCUGGAUCGGUCUCCCAGAGACAUGCCCCUGUCUGCAUUCUACUCUGGCUCUGACUACAGAGGAAAUGGCCACGCUUCCAGACCUCUGAGCCGUGAAGAAUCUUCAGAUAGUGGGGAUGGGACAAGUGUCCCACUGCUGCGGACAGAGUCUCUCCGGCUCAAGGAUCUGGACAGGAUGCUCCUGGCCGAGGUCAAGGAUGUACUGAUUCCCCAUGAACGAGUGGUCAUCCACAGUGACCAAGUCAUUGGCAAAGGCCACUUUGGUGUUGUCUACCACGGAGAAUAUACAGACGAGGCACAGAAUCAAAUCCACUGUGCCAUUAAGUCUUUGAGUCGCAUCACAGAGGUCCAGGAGGUGGAGGCUUUCCUGCGGGAGGGGCUGCUCAUGCGUGGCCUACAUCACUCAAACAUUCUGGCUCUCAUCGGUAUCAUGCUACCCCCAGAGGGGCUUCCCCGGGUGCUGCUGCCCUAUAUGCGCCAUGGAGACCUGCUUCGUUUCAUUCGCUCCCCUCAGAGGAACCCCACUGUGAAGGACCUCAUCAGCUUUGGCCUGCAGGUAGCCUGUGGCAUGGAGUACCUGGCAGAGCAGAAGUUUGUGCACAGGGACCUGGCUGCUAGGAACUGCAUGCUGGACGAGUCAUUCACAGUCAAGGUGGCUGACUUCGGUCUGGCACGUGACAUCCUAGACAAGGAAUACUACAGUGUUCGACAACAGCGCCAUGCUCGCCUGCCUGUCAAGUGGAUGGCCCUGGAGAGCCUUCAGACCUACCGGUUCACCACCAAGUCUGAUGUGUGGUCAUUUGGUGUGUUGCUGUGGGAACUGCUAACCCGAGGUGCCCCACCGUACCCCCAUAUCAACCCUUUUGACCUCACUGACUUCCUGGCUCAGGGCCGUCGCCUGCCUCAGCCUGAGUAUUGUCCCAAUACACUGUACCAGGUGAUGCUGCAGUGCUGGGAGGCUGACCCAGCAGCGCGACCCACCUUCAGAACCCUAGUGAUGGAAGUAGAGCAGGUAGUGAGCUCUUUGCUUGGGGACCACUACGUGCAGCUGUCCCCAGCUUAUGUGAACCUAGGUCCCAGCGCCUUGGAUGAUGUGAAUGUGCUUCCAGAGCAGCCACAGUCCUCGCCACAGCAUCACAGGAGCACAUCAAGGCCCCGGCCUCUCUCAGAGCCUCCUCUGCCCACUUGACCUAAGCCCUCAGUAGACCAAGGGGACUAUAUCUGUUAAGUGGCCUUGAGCUAACCCCAACCUGCCUCUGGGCUAUGACAAGCUGAAGGGCAUUGAACCUCCACCUUUAACUUUCAGAAGCUACUGGAGGUGGGAAACAGCACAUUUAAGCCCCUAACUCCAGCAUGAGCCAGUGAGGGGGAUUCUUUUGUAGCAUGUAUUUAUGGAAUGCUUGUUUUAUACCCUGUCUGCUGAGCACAGAAGACUCAGCAAUGAUCAUGCAGAUACCACAGUGUAAACCACUAAAAAAUAAAUGAAUAUUCAAGCACAGAUUAUGGUAUAUGCUGUGAAAGAAAGGAGGCACAUUGAGGGAAUGGAGGAUUGCUUUGGAGAGGUGAGAGAAGGCUCCCAGGAGGUGAUAUCUUUGCCAAAGCUCUUUCAGGUGAAGAUAGACUAUUAGAAGCUGAAUUCGGUUAAGAGAUUUUGGGCAGAGUAACUAGCAUGUGCAAAGGCCCUGUGGUGCUGAGUCCGCUAGAAGGCUCCAGAGAAUAGGGAGGGUAAACAUGUCCAGAUCCAAUUACAGGGCCUUGUGGACUAUUGGAUGAACCAAGGGGGUAUAGGUUGAGUGUCCAAGCAUGCAACAGCCAAGAUGGUUUCUUCCAGGGCUCGAACUAGCUACUCCACCGCUCCUCCCUCAGCAGUGCUUCUAGGCCCCCUAUGUAGUGCACAUCCAUGUACAUUGAUGUCACGGUUCGUGGACUUGUCUGCCUCCUACCCUUGCCAGCCUUGCAUCUGCAGCCUUGAGAGGGAAGACCUCUCAGAGAGGCAUCAGCUCUAACUUGCAAGGAGCCAACUUCGAAGGACCAAUUUCCCCAGCUAUUUAUACCCUCAAGGACACUACAGCAUAGCUACUGAGGGGCGUGUUCCUCUCUGGAGGAGAAGUUAACCCCACCUCCUACCCCUCCCCUCUGCUCUGACUGCUGAAGGGGCCUUGUUUUUGGUGUUAGGAGCUGGAGUGCAGGGGAGCCCGGGCCCCAGAUAGAGAUCUCAAUAUUAACUCUCCCUUGAAUAAGCUCCCACUGGUCUCCACUCCUCUGGUUGGAUGACUCCUAGGUCUGUAAGAAGGGGAAGGCCCCUUCCUGUGAGUACCUUAGAAAUGCCGUCACAGUGGGAUUCAAGAUUUGGAGGCAGAGUUCUUUCCUAAAUGAGGUCUCUUUGGGACUGCAGCCAUCCAGAUGUUUUCUACCCAUAUUGCUACCUGCCCUGGCAUCUUGGGCUGGAAAGAAGGUCUAGGGAUCCAAAGGUCCCUAAGGACAUGUGUUUAAAGUAUAAAAGGGACCCUUCAGCUGGGAAACAGGUGUAAAGGUGAGGGUCCUGGGAGCAGAAGGCAGGGGAAACUGCCCGCUUCUGGCACCCCUGCUACCUCUCAGCCCAGGCACAGAGGAAGCUGUGGCCUUGCAGACCUAGGCAUGGACUGCUUGGCCAUAUGUAACUGAAGACGGAACAGCUGUGUUGUUCCUGAUACUGGAGAGAGGUAAUGGAGUUUCCUGAGGCACCCUCACAGCUGUGGCCCCUGUACCUUCUGGGAGGGGUUUGCAUCCCCCCAACUUGUAGUCUUUAUCUCCUAACCUCAUCCCAAAGGGAGCACCCAAGAGUUCUAAGCCAUGAAUUGAGGUGAUGUGAAGGGUUUAUUCCCCACGGCUCAUCUGCUCACUAGAAAGAUCAGAAAGGAAGGGUGACUCUGGACAGAGGGGACCUUAGCAUAGAAAAGGGUCCCAAAGAAGGGAGCAGCGAGAGGCAGAGCUACAGGGGUAUCAGGUUUCCUAUGUUGCUAGAAUGUGGGAUUUGGGGUCUGAUUGUCACUUGGGGAUACUUUAGGCAAGCACUUAUAUCCUGCUGAUAUACCCUGUUAAGCCAGAAAACCCUAAAUUUGAAGGGUAAAAUAAAUUCUUUGGGCAGUGACCCCACUAACAUGAAAUUCCUGAGCCAAAGGCCUCCAGGGUCAGAAUGAUCCAGAAAGGAGCUCCAUCCAGCUAAGCAGGUACUUGAAGUACUGGAUUGCACCCCACACACAUUCAGCAGCUCCCAAGCUCUGAGCCCCAUUUUCAAUCAUCUGAUAGUCCCAAGUCCAUCUAGGCUCCAGAUUCUAGGGUGUCAGGAGUUGGAAUUGUUUUAGGAUUUCAAAAUGGUGACUGAGCUGGGGUGGGGGUGUGGCAUAUAGAGGGGUUCUAGGUUCCCAGAUAGGUUGGGCAUACUAGGAGGUUUCUGAAUGGCCUUUUUGGCUGAGUGAGGCUGGUCUAACUCUCUUCUAGUAUGUGUGUGUAAGUGCGUGUGCGUGUGCGUGUGCGUGUGUGUGUGUGUAUGUGUGUGUGUGCGUGCGUGCGUGUGCGUGUGUGUGUGUAUGGUGGCUGGGAGAUUGCUCAGGUACAGUGAAUGGCUAAUGGUACAGCCUCAUUAACAGCCUUGCUAGGCCUAAGCCUCCAAGGUUAGAAUAGUGUGAUUGGAGUUUUCUUCCAGGACUCUGGAGUCUACCCUUCCCACUAAGAGCUGUGGACAGCAAGUUACUAACCUUUCAAGUCAGGCAUGAUGGUACACACCUGUAAUCCUAGCACUUGGGAGGUGAAGGCCAGAGGGUCAAGAAUUCAAGGGUAACCUUGGCUACAUAAUAAGCCCCAGACCAGCUUGGAUUCCAUGAGAGCCUGUUCCAAACAAACAUGUCUUGUCUCCUUCCGGGACAACCGAGUGGGGCCGAGGGGCGAGGAAAUGCCCAUAAAGACUAAGGGAAGCCAGGGUGGGAGCUGGGACUGCACGGAUGACUCACAGCCUCCUGACUGCCCACUGGUGUCACUGUCGUCUCGCACCUGGAAGGCAUGCAGUGACUAGACUGACCUGCUUUGAUGGGGAGCCACAGUCUGGCCUGAGAUUCCCAAUAUGCUUUGUCUUACCCUUGCUCCAUUGGACCUCAGGGGAUCUGGCCUGUGGCGAUUCCUAUUUCGAGUUCAGUUGGUAGGAACUGAGAAAAGUUACUGACUCAUUAAAGGGGGUCAGCAUGGGCACCGGGGGAGUGACCAAUGAGUGCCAAUGCUCUCAAUGUUGAAGAGACCCUCACCUCUCCCCUCUGCUUCCCUUCAGUUGGCUUAGUGAUUUGUACAUGCUUGUGGCCGGUUGUGGAUCUAGGGUCCAGUAGAGAAGUAGCUGAUAACAAAUAGCACAGAAUUCAAUUAGCUUUGAAGCCGGCACUCCCUCUCCCGUGCUACAAGUUCCUCCAGGGAUGUUGCUGUUCCUCCAGGGAUGUUGCUGUGCCUUGGAGAAUUGGAGGCCUCAAGGGAGUUGGCUCCAUCCCCGGGCUCAAUGUGCUAGUGUCAGCCACACAUGAAUAAGUUUUGCUGACCUGUUCUGUCAAGUCAAGAAGCCCCCUUCUCAAGGGGGAAAAUGAAUACCCCGUCAGUUCCAGUCACCCUGUCACCUGGGUGCUCUGGUCUCUUUAGCUCAUCAUUUUCUCCCCACAAUCUGGGUCUUAUCGGGUCCCUGGUUCUCCUCACAUCCUCUCUGCAGGCUUAGUUGGAGAUCCCUGCGCUGUAGCCAUGAAACCAUGUGUGCUUCUGGCAGGAUUCUUUCACCCUUUACUUAGCUGGCUUCUGGAUGGGGGUCUGCUCUCAGUAGAGGCAAGGAGCAGGCAGCUGUGAGCAGUAACCAGGGUGGCUGUACCAUUGCCCUCCCUCUGGCUGAUGCGGCUGGCUAUCUUUCACGCAGAGUUACGUAAGCUUGAGUCAAUUGGGGCUCAGAGCGGUUCAUUGUGGGCUAUUUUUAAGCUGCAACACAUCACAGCAGAGGGGUCACUGCACCAGCGGCUUGCAGGGAAGGCUGUUUAAACAUCUGUUAUUUAAAUUUCUCUGUGCCUGGAGCUCCGAAGCCAUAUCCCCCCAGAGCUAGUGGCUUCUGCCUUCCACAUCCCAGAUUAGGAGUGGAUUAUCUCACCUCACCCUCUCUAAGUUGCCUGAGGCUGGGGUUCUUGUCUCUGGCUGUCUUCCUCUGGGGUUGUGCAGGUGGGACAGGGAUCAGGAGAUGCCAACUCCUUCACAGACUGGCUUUGUCUCCAUGGAAUGGGUGAACCUUGGCCAGGAUAAACUGCGGGGCUGCCAAGGGUCUAGGACUUUGGGGUCUCUCGCAUUGCUCUGGAGGGUGCGGGGGGGGGGGGCAGGCAAACAACUAGGAAAUUGAGGCCCCUCUCAAUUUCCCAUCAGCAUCAAGAGAGGGUUGGGUCACAAGAACCUACGGGGUCUUUUCAGAAGCCUUCCUUUGUCUGGGCUCUGCUAGAUGGAACGCCCUCCCUACACAGAUCUAAAACUACGGAUCUGCAGCCUUGGGAGCGCUUAAGCUGAUGUACAAGGCCCCAAGACAAAGCCCCAGGGAAAUAAGCCGCAGUUUCUGAUCCGCUGCUCAGCGUAGGACCACACUGGGAGACCACUGAAGAAGCCCUCUGAUCUUAAGUUUUCUAAGAUGUCUGGAGCAUCCCCAGGGCCCAAAGUGUUGAAGGCAGGUGUACUGGAAGAGUGCAAAACCUGGAUUUCACAGAGCUAGCUGCUGCUUAAGAAUACAAGGGCGCCCCAAAUAGGGUCUGUGUUGGGCAAGUAGGCCAGGCUGAUCUAGGGGUCGAAGAACUGGUAGACCAUAAGCAACCUCCCUUCUUCCCUUGAUGCCCUGUCUGUCACUUCCACAUUCCCUAGGGCCUGUUAGGUGACAAGACCUCAGCUGACCCGUAGGGGACAACAUUUUCUCCCAGGGUGACUGGACCUUCUCCUCAAGGUUGGGGUCUUCCACAGUGCUUGUUGGGAAGGUUAAGAUGAAGUAUAAGAGGGAAGGCCAAGCUGGGCAUUUGCCUUCACAGGGGAGACACACCGACUUCACCCUCAAACUGAAUUGCUCGGCUUCUCCUAGCCACCCCUUCUACCCCACCCUCCCAGGCCCUCAGCCUGGGGAAUGGGCUUAGCCUGGGGGAGGGGAUUUUUAGGUUACCAUGGCAACACAUUGGCCCUCCUCACUUCCCAGAAUCAGAAAUAGAAUUGGACGCCCUUCUUCCUGGAGAGAGACUAUUUAAAAAACAAGUGUGGGGGGGGGGGGGGCACAGGGGCACUAUCCCCAUGAGCCAAGCAAAAGGGACCUAGACUGGAAGCUUCUUCACCCUGCCUCCUCAGUUGGAUGAGACAGGAAUGGGCUUCAGCCAGUCAAGAAUUCUAACGACAGAGGGCAUUAGCCUGGCCACACAGGGUGCAGCUGGGCCACAUUCAGUACCGUCAAGUUCCUAGGAGGGUACUGGGUUAGUAUCCCCCAUAGAGAACAUAACCUUUCCCAGGCCUUGAGCUACUUGCUAAGUUACCAGAGGGAGCAGGUACAAGAGAGACACAGCUUUAAGUGUGGGGCUUGGGGCUGCAGCUCCCUCUCCAAAGGGAGGCCUGUUGGUUGGCUCUCUUCCAGCAGGGCUCAGUACUGCGUGGCCUUGGAGUGGCACCCAGUGGUAGCACCCUCUGUUCCUCCAAUAUGGGUCCGGAGUCAGGGAACCUAGCUUCCAAGUCUGACUCAGCUCCACAACUGCUUUCUGCCACGGUCUCCUCAUCUGUAAUACUGACGCUGUUGCACCCCGCUUGUUGAAUUGCUGUCAGGCUGCGUCCCAUGUGUCCCACACAGAGAAAGAAUGGGGUCCACACCAGUCACUGUUAUCAUAGCUCUAAGGUCUGUCUGCUUCACAAGUGGGAAGGGCUUGCUUUCUUGGGCCAGACCCUUCAGCUGCCUCUGCUCUCUCUCUCUCUCUCUCCCUCUAAGAGACCUCAGGACAGUUGCUCACAAAGGACCCCAGCCCUGGAAAAGGGGGUUAUACCUCACUUCUGAAUGAGGUAGACAAUGAGCUCAGUCAUCAAGCAAGUGGGCAGCAGGGGCCAGGGUAUCUCUUAGGAUAUCUCACUUCACUGCUCCAUUCUUCCCAGGUACAGCUCAACUUUAUAUCGCAUAGAUAUUAGAGGCUGCUACCAGGAUCUUUGUCACGGAGAAACAAGUAGCUUGCUCAGACCCGAGAUUAAUGAAUUGUGUUCUGCAAGGGUGUGUGUG